AAUUAAGUACUAGAAAAUAUGGGGGAUUCCUAUUCCAUCAAAGAUGAGCAGGUUAAAUUUUCCUCUAAUCAAACAGAGGAUGGUGCUUGCUUAUCAGCACUGCUGCUCAGUACUAAUAUAGUAUACCCUGCAGUUUUGAAUGCUGCUAUUGAACUCAACUUGUUUGAGAUCAUAGCUAAAGCAACACCACCUGGUGCAUUCAUGUCACCUUCUGAAAUUGCUUCUCAGAUGCCAUUGCCAACCCAACACCCAGACUUGCCUAACAGGCUUGAACGCAUGCUGCGUUUGCUUGCAAGUUACUCCGUUCUUACUUGUUCCACUCGCAUCGCUGAACAUGGUAGCACUGAGAGAGUUUAUGGACUCUCACAAGUUGGAAAAUACUUAGUCCCUGGUGCGAGUAUGGGCUACUUGGCUUCAUUUGUUUCAUUUCUCUGCUAUCCACCACUGUUACAGGUUUGGUUGAACUUAAAGGAAGCUGUUGUUGAUGCUGAUAGUGACCGGUUCACGAAACGUCAUGGAGUAACCAUGUUCCAGUACAUGGAAAAGGAUCCAAAAAUGAACCAAAUUUUUAACAAGGCAAUGGGCGAUCUGUGUGAAACAGAGAUGAAAAGAAUACUUGAAAUCUAUACUGGAUUUGAGGGAAUAUCAACAUUGGUUGAUGUUGGAGGUGGGAAUGGACAAAAUCUCAAAAUGAUAAUCUCCAAGUACCCUUUGAUAAAUGGAAUUAAUUUUGAUCUGCCCCAGGUGAUUGAAAAUGCACCAUUGAUUCCAGGGAUUGAGCAUGUUGGAGGUGAUAUGUUUGAAAGUGUUCCACAGGGUGAUGCCAUAAUAAUUAAGGCCGUAAUCCACAAUUGGUCAGAUGAAAAAUGCGUACAAGUUUUAAGAAAUUGUCACAAAGCAUUGUCGCCAAAGGGGAAGGUGAUUGUUGUGGAGUUAAUAUUGCCAGAAGAACCAGAACCAACUGAAGAAUCCCAACUUGUUUCUAGUCUUGACAAUAUCAUGUUCAUCACAGCUGGUGGAAUGGAAAGAACUGAGAAAGAAUAUGAGAAUCUGUGCAAGCUCUCUGGAUUUUCUAAAUUUAAUGUUGCUUGUCGCGCUUUCUCGAGUUUGGGAAUGAUGGAGUUUUAUAAAUAAGUUGAUCAACAUGUAGAAUCUUAAAAUAAAAGUAUAAGAGCAGAGUGAGAAUUAAGAGUAUACAGGUCUAGUAUUAAAGUUUUCGUUUAUUUCUCUCGUGUGGGGUGCAAUUGGGAUCCAUGUUUAUACCCGAUGUAAUGUUUAUGACUUUUAUGCACAAUGGAAUAAUCUGACUUUCUUAUAAUCCCCUAAGAACACUGAAGUAUUAUAUAGUUGCAUCUAGUAAUGCAAUUGGGAGGACUUAAUACUAAGAUCCUGCAUCUUCUU